GUAACCUAGCUACAAUAACAAAUAAAAAAUUAAGGUAUUGUUCGUGUUUGGUGAAUGAAAAUAUAUAAAGGAAACAUGAGGUACAUAAAUUUGAUUAUAUAUACAAUAUGUAUGUUUCAACUUGUUCACAACACGACAGGAGAGGUUGAUGAACAAUGUAAAGUAGAUUGUGCAUGCUGUAAAGAUAGAAAAUGUGGACCAGACAAAUCGGCCCCAACCGAAUGUACUCUAGGCUGCAUUGAUGGUCAUAGAGGUGCUCGAUGUUACGAGAAAUGUACACACAACUGUACAAAAUGCCCUGAUCGUGCAGAUACGUGUACUGCGUGCUAUGAUGGCUAUUUCCCCGGAUCUCCUGGAGACUGCACAUCAAAGUGUUUACCCGGAUGUAAAACAUGCACGUCGGGAACCAUGUGUACAUCAUGUCAGGAGGGAUAUUACAAGGCCGAUGGUCAAAAAGAUUGUCGUAACUGUCCUGAAAAUUGUAAUUGUGAUAAUGUUCAGUGUGCAUCAUGUAAGGACGGAUAUUACGAUACCGGUAAUUUAUGUAAUAGUUUAUGUCCAGGGAACUGUGUCAUGUGUUCAUCGAAUAGGGAGUGUGGAUCAUGUAAAGAUGGUUAUUAUAAUGGUCACCAGAACGACAACAUUAAUUUCCCUUUAUUGAACGACUGUACAUACAAAUGCCGGGAUAACUGUGGACGAUGUUUAUCAUAUGAUAAAUGCUCGCUUUGUAAAACUGGUCAUUAUGAACCAAACUGUGAGAAAAAUUGUUCGAUUGGUUGUAAAUCAAACACUUGCGAUAUCCAAACUGGAAACUGUGCAUGUUUCCCUUAUUUUGCUGGAGUAAGAUGUGAUAAAUGUAUAAUCGGAAAAUAUGGAAAAAUGUGUGAUCAACAAUGUCCUGCAGGGUGUAAAAGUAACAUGUGUGAAAGAAAUUCCGGAAAUUGCACAGACGGAUGUACUGUAGAUACGAUUAUUGGUGAUAAAUGUGACGUUUGUUCAACCGGCUGGUAUGGACAAUACUGUAACAUUUCUUGUUCUUUCGGCUGUAAAAGUCAGCAAUGCGAGAAAAGUAAUGGUGAAUGCUCAAAUGGAUGUAUUGAUAACUUUGUAGGAGAACAGUGCAAUCAAUGCAUGCAUAGCAAGUAUAAUUUUAUUGUUUUAAGUGCUUCCGAGGGAUCAUCUCUUUUUCAGAAUUUUAUAGCUACGUGUCAAUGUAAUAUUGUGUCGCCAUUGUAGUGAUGAUGUUAAAGAUUGGUGCCGCUGCUGCUGAUGAUGAUUUAUGUGUCGCUCUGAAAGACGCGACAUAUAGGGGUUACUUUUGUCUGCUUGUCCGUUAGGCUUGUCCGGAGGAUAACUCGGUCACUAAAAGUAGGAUUGACUCCAAACUUGGUAUGCAUGUUUCUUUAAAUGAUUCAACGUGCAGCGCACAAAAAUCGUUACUCUGCGCUUCUUAAUUUUUAAAUUAUUGUCCUUUGUUAAUUUUCAUACUUUAUUUUUUCCGGGCCAUUUCUCAUAAACUAUAAAAGUUACGGUCUUGAAACUUCAAAGGAUGAUAGAUCUUAUAAAUCUUAUAGAUAUAUCUUAUCAAGGUAGACCAUGGGUAAUGCAUUACCUCCACUUUGAAGAGUAUUCAAAUAGGCUAGAAUCGCAUGUAAACUACAUUGAAAUUGAGGGGCGUGGGUUCAAACCCCAGAAGGGGCAUCUUUUUUUUUCUUUCUUUUUUUCUUUUUAACAUUAUUUAUGUAUCUCUCUGAUCCCUUAUGGAAGAAAAAAAGUUUGAUUUAAAUUAUAAAAUUAUUUUAGGUAUUUUUUUUGUUAAAUAAUGCCAAAAUUUAUAGCAAAUAUGAUACCAGAUAUUUUCAAAGUUCGAUAAAAUAAAAACUACACGGUAAAAGUAUUUUAUAUUUCACAUGAUCAACUAAUAUACCUUUGAAAAAAUUAAGGCAAAGUUUGAAAACAGACCCUCAUUUCGAUAAAUUUUAGGGAUAUUUUGAACAAGGCAUUUUAGAUAGGGAAAUGGUAAAAUUAGUGUUAAAAGUGGGUGGGGUAGGAUAACAUUUUUAUACAUAUUAAGAACAUUUUGUUUAGAAACAAACAUUUUGCUUGUUUAAUGUGUUACCUGAAUGUUAUUAUUUGUUUCUUAACAAUGAGCAAUAGAAAAACAUUUUUUAUAAUGAUGAUAUUACAGAUUAUUUACAGUUUCCUCAUUUCUGAAAAUAAGCCCUUCUAAUGGCAAGGUCUUAGUUCAGAAAUAUAUCCAUAACUCAUAAACCACACGGUAAAUUUAAUUUAAAUUUUGCAUACAGGUAACCUUGAAGACAGAUAACUGUCCUAUGUUGUCAA